UUGGUUUAACAGCGGUUGGGUAGAUAUGAUGCCUAUCAUUAGCGCUGAACUGACGUUCAAUAAACCCUUGCUCUAGUCGAGGAUACUAAAGUUUAUUUCAUAGCUACACUCGUUUAUCAUUUCUAAACCACAGGCAAUGGGAAGUUAACAGGAAAAUCUGAAGUUCUGGGACCUGACGUUUAUUUAUCGAGUGAAACAGGUGUUAUUGUUGUUUGUUUCUGUAGAAAUGGGCUCGACAAACUCCACCCUGUCAAAAAUUCCAAACGUCGAAGAAUUAAUGCAAGAAACGGGUUGUAAGUUCUCGGAUGGGUAGGACUGUAAUUUAGGGUACUAGAAAAACUGUAUUGAGAUUGUCAUGAUUGUACAAUAACGUCAUAGUUUAUGCCAAAUUCGAGGACAAAUCUUUGAGUGGGCGAAUAACGGGAUUUCAUUAUAAAUGUUAUUGUGACAGCUGUAUGGAGCCCAAGUUUUCUAUUGCUUCUAUUGCAUUUCGUCCUCAAAGUUUUAGAGUGCAGAUACGUUGAAAUGUGUGCAAAUUAUUAAUCGCUUUCGCAACCACAAGAUUGAUGGUUGACAGGUGCGCAAAUUGUGCGCGCAACUUUGGCUGGCCAAAAGACGCAUGCGUCUUACCCGACCAAGUACAGUAUUGAAUAUCUAAGCUUUGAACAGAUACUUAUUUUGACAUAUACAUGUGGCUUUGAGAAGUUGUAGGUAAAUGAAUAACUUGGCCUUUAGGCUACUUUUACAAAUGCUUGAAUAAUUCAUGGAGUGUUUGCUUGAAUGGAAUCCAGAGCAAUGAACUGGCCUCUAUAUGGUUAUUGCAUAUAUUGAUUAAAUUAUUUGGUGUGCCACUGUCCUGCCCCAUUACUAAUAGCAUGAAUCGAUGUUCUCUUGUUUUCUCAUUAUAGUCACCCCUGCACACAUUGUUCGACUUUAUGACCGUUUCGAAGCAUUGGACAAGGAGAAGACAGGCCAUCUCCGGUAAGUGGUGGGACCAUGUCAUCUUUAUGGAGUUUGUUUGUUGAACCAGUGUUGACUAAAACAGUGCAUUUCAGAAUAACUUAUGUCUGAAUGUCCUGUCUUUGUUCUAUCCCCAUUACUGUGAAGCCCACAGGAUUUCGGAGCCAUUAAUAGGUUGGCGAUGAACCCCAUUGGGGAUCGGAUCAUUGGGGCUUUCUUCUCUCCAGGGUAUAGAACAACAUUUCUUACAUGUUUGAGUAACAUUACUGACUUGAUAACCUCGCCAAUGAAAUGGUAAGGUGAAGGUUAAUGCCAACAAUUUCUUUUUAAAUCAAAUGUCCAUGUAUCCUCUACUUUUGGAAUGUAAGCGUUCUGGUCUUAAAAUAAUAUCUCUCUCAGACAGGAAACGGUGGACUUCCACUCCUUUGUGAGGAUCCUGGCCCACUUCCGGCCUGCGGACAAAAACCGUCCCAAAGAUCCCAGUAUGCCUGAACCUGUCAACAGUAGGACCAGUAAACUCAAGUGUGAGUCCUCUGGCAGAUAGUUGACUCACAAAAUAAAUGUUUGCACUAAAAUUCAACUCAGUCAGUUCCCCCCUGGUUUUCUCCUUCCUUUCAGUUGCCUUCCAACUAUAUGACCAGGACAAGGAUGGCAAAAUCUCCAGAGCUGAGCUUCUACAGGUCCGUAAUAACUGUUAGCUUUACUGACAAUAAUACUCUGUAUGUUGAGCAACACAAUAUACCACCAAUAGUUAGUGAUGCAAAUUGUUUCUCUGUUGUAAACCAGGUCUGGUAUGUCCCUGCAAUUGAUGGCUAAAAUGCCAACACCCUAUACCAGAGGUAUUCAAAUCUUACACUAUGAGGUCCGGAGCCUGCUGGUUUUUCUGUUCUACCUGAUAGUUAAUUGCACCCAACUGUUGUCCCAGGUCUAAAUCAGUCCCUGAUUAGAGGGGAAGUAUGAAAAAAGCAGUGGAACUGGCUUCAAAGUCGGGAUUUUGAAUUUGAGGGCCCAAUACAAUAGAAUGAAGCCAUUCUCCAAUGAGUUUGGAAUGUGAUUGACAGCUGAGGGUGAUUGACAGGUGCUACGGUCCAUGCUGGAGAUGCAGGUGACGGAGGAGCAGCUAGAGAGCAUUGCCGACCGCACCAUCCUGGAGGCUGACCUGGACAAGGAUGAUGCCAUCUCCUUUGAAGAGUUCCGCAAGGUACCACCGGGAGGAGCUCUAACACUGACAUAUCAACAUGGUGCAUUGCAGUACAGUGCACCCAGAAUUCUAAGACAUACAAAGUUCAUGCACAUAGAAAAUGAUGUUGGCCAUUGCAGUAGUCAAACAGCAUACUGUACAUUGUACGAUGACAGUGUUUUGCCUAUCCUCUCUCAUAUUCAGUGGCUGCAUGUGCUGUAUUUGACUGUGAUGUAAUAUACCAAUUCCACCAUUUGUUGGUCUACCUUUGGCUUUUCUUUUUCCUUACAGUCCCUGGAGAAGGUAAACAUCGACCACAAGAUGAGCAUUCGCUUCCUGCGCUAGCUAGAGUGGUUGCAUUGGGUCAACUGACCGUUCACAGAGAUGUAGCCCACUUUGUGUGUACUCAUCCCUCCAUGGUAAAAACAAGGCUUCAGCAGGGAACUAUUACUAUGCUACUGAUUCCUUUAACUGGAUGACUAACACUAAAUAUCGUAAAUGACUGACUAAAAUGCUGUAACUUAAUAUGUUGUUUACAGCAUACUGGAAUAUGGGGAUCAUGUUCCAAAGUCUAACCGCACUAUAGGCCUACUGUAUAACUACAUAAUAACUGCUUUUAUAUAAUACAGUAAAAUGCCAUUUAAUAAUAAUAAUUAUACAUGGGACUUAUAGCACUUUUCAAGGACCCAAAGUCGCUUUACAAUUGUAGUUUUUUUUUUGUUGCAGAACCUACAUUUUAAAUUAUGUUAGUUUUGACAAGGGCAAACAUAAGCUUUUAGGAAGGGAAACAGAUACUUGAAGUUCACUCUUCCUUGAACAUUUUUAAAAAGUAAAACUUGACUGUAAUAAGUCUCUAGAUGUAGCAGUCGGUGUCCAAAUACACUGAACAUGAGAACUAUACAUACGAGUAUGAAAGUGAUAGAAUAUUUCUACAAAUAAAUAUUUUUGUAAAUUAUAUCAUUAAUUUACAGAGUUGCUUAUGAGGAGAAAAGGCCAUGAAAAACUUAAGCUUGGCUAUAAUUGUGUUUCAAUAGAUUUGUUUUAGAGAGAAUGACAGUCCAACAAAAACUAAGGUGUACAUUUUGACCCAGAGUAAUGAAAGGGUCUGUUUGUGACUGACUGGAUGACAUUGAACUAAUGUGUGCCAAAAUCUAUUUCUCAAAUCUAUGAAUUUUUUUUGUCAGAUACAUGGAAUCAUAAUUAAAUAACGCUAUUGGUGUUUGAGUGGAGUAUUUUUGCAACUGAUUUUCAUAUUUCAAGCAUCAGUACAUUUAGCUUUUUGAUGUUACUGAUUAAAAUAGUCACACCUCCUGUUGCUAUCUAUGGCCGUAUAACAUGGGGUUAUUUCCAAAGUUUGUUCCUUGUGAAAUGUUCCUUAUAAUUUCUCUGAUUGAACACAGGGUGGCAGGAAUAGAUAUUUUCACUGAGGUUAAGUGAAAUAGCACAUGGGUGAUAGUGGAAAAUAAAGUAUUUCUUAAGUGGUUGACAUUCACACACACUGACAUUCAGGCUUGCCGUGAAACAGAGGCAUAAUGGAGACAUUUAUUCUGUACAUAAAGUGUGCCAUAACAUUAGAAGAAGGUCAUAAAGAGGAAUUGAUUUCAACAAUAAACACAUGCAUUAGCAGGGCUUCCUCAUUUGCCCUUAGGCUGACAGGCACAUAGAAUCCAGAAUAAGGAGUAUCCAGUGCCUAAAAAGAACAGAGAGACACAAUGAUUAGAACGUAUAUGAUGCAGCAUAGAAAACCCAUCAGCACAAUACUCCAAAUGUACAGAGUGCGUUGAUGGAAGAAUGUAACAGGGACCUGCGAGGGUGAUGGUCAUUGUUAGACGGUAGAGAAGGACAUCAGUGGUCCCUCCCUUGAUGUGGACUGGCAAUCCAUUGUCCGCCUGUAACCAAAGUUAGGGGUCAAAUACCUAUUCAUGAUCAUGAAUCACUGGGCUUUCAUUGCAAGCCAAAAAUAACUUUGUGAUAUGUGAUGAUAAACCAGACUGAAUUGCAUUCCAGACCAUUAAUCUGAAGAACGGAACAACUAUCCCGUUAGGUCCCUUUAAAACCCGUAAUGCUCUUUUUCAAUGUUCAACACUGUGAUAAGACUGAGGUGCCGACCAACAACGGUGGACCUCAGGCAAUUCAUAAAUCUCGCAACAUGACACAUAUAGUAGAUCACAAUCAGGUCAAUGUUGCUCUGAAGAACUUGAUUAAACAUGUUCUGUACACAUUGAUGAAUGAUGUGACAAAGUUUACUUUUGUUUGCUGCCAAAAUCACAUAUUGUAGACAUUGUUGGCCCAUUGGUUGCCAAUAAAAAUCUAAAUUCACUGAUAAGACACCUCUUGUUUUCUUAGUUUGGGAUUGUUUCUCAUACAGGUUGGGAUUGUUUCUCAACCAGGAAUCCUAAUGAUGUCAUGCUCACCUGGAAUAGCUUCUGAUGAUCUGGCACCUUGUUCUUCAUCUGUUUGGUUGUUGUGCUGAAGGCUCUGGUAGCCAGCCGGGGCAGCUUCUGAAAGGAUCCCACAGUCAUAAAAUCAGCCAUGCUACCCUUUGCAUCCCUAACUGCCAAAUGUCCCAAACAAAUCGGUUGGAUUCUUAAUGGGACAUGCUGACUGAGCGGCUGAGGCUAGGUGCUAUUUUCAUAGUGUUUCUAGUAGAAUAAACCAUUUGAUAAUAACAUAACAAUAGUAUAGUAUGUUAUUUAGAGAAUGGAUGAUCAGUAUUACAUGGUAAUAAUAGCUUGGGAUUUACCUUUGUGGUUCAACACCUGUUUUUCUACUUUCACUUUUAGAGGGAUGUGAUAGUAGCCUGUUGUUUCCUAUAAGAGGAAAGCGCUAUGGAAAACUCUUUGGGUUACUCUUACUUCCCUCUCCAUUUAAAUAGUGUUUGUCAUGACGACAACUGCUAUUAUAUACAGUCUUGGUUAUGAGAGGAAAUAUCCACUUCUAACUGGUUUAAACCUUUUGAGUGGCAAAAAAAGUAUGAGUGGUUCGCAUACACAAAAACAUUAGACAGAGCUGCAAAUGUUCUUUUUUCUUUUCUUUUAACAGCAUGCAGGGGGGAAAUUUCACAGACUUUUAGGUGUGUAUCACCUUCAGUAUGUUUUAGACCUUUUGAGUGAAUAUACCAUUUUGGCAUCUUAGACAUACUUUCCAUCCAAAGUGGUGCUAGUUUCAAAGACAGCUGGUUUGUCACAUCAAAAUGCUUGAUUAAAUCAACAUCCUCCAAGAUACAAACAACCAAAAGCCUUCUCUGUAAACAAGGCAGAGAUUCAGCUUCCUUUGACAAAUAAUCUGUCACUCCUAAUGAAAUAUGAAAUCAGACCACCUAUCGAUAUUCUGUAAAAUGACACUGUCAAGUAAUUACCGGCAUAUAACCAUUAUUGUCAAUGAAAUAAUCUGUUGAAAAUCGGGGUCAAACCAUACCCCCUAACCCAUACCACUUGUUCUGACCCAGGUAGUUUAGUGGUGGGUCAUAGUGGUUAAGAGCGGUGUGCCAGUAACCGAAAGGGUGCUGGUUCUAAUCCCCGAGCCGACUAGGUGAAAAAUCUGUCGAUGUGCCCUUGAGCAAGGCACUUAACCCUAAUUGCUCCUGUAAGUCGCUCUGGAUAAGAGCGUCUGCUAAAUGACUAAUUAUUAUUAUAGUUCAUUCAUUAUAACAGCACUAUUUCAGCACUGGAGACUUGUGUUCUGAAAGAAAGUAAUCUCUAUUCAAGUUUUUAAUCUAUUGGUCUUUGUAUCACGUAAACAUUCUCUGUGAGGUGAAUCUCUUACUACUUUUUACUAUCACAGGCAAAACCUUUUCAUUUAAUUGAAGACCAUUUUGUAUACUUCUGUUGACUUGGGUUCUGUCCCUUUAAGAGAACUGUGCCACAGUGUGAUCUCUACCAAGGUCAAAUUGGGUGCCUGAACCAGUGGGCGAGAACUGGCAUUGCUGCCAGCCAAUGACUGCCACUCAACCUGUGACCUCAACCAAUUAGAUGAUAUAUUUUGGAGGGAGGAACAUUAAACCCUUCCCCUUGGACUGGAUUCCCUGUGUGUGUGUGUAUGUGUGUGCGUGCAUGUGUGUGUACAUGUGUACAUAUGUGUAAGCUAUAUGUGGACAUGGCACAGUUUGCCUAGAGAAAUCAUAAAGGAAAGAUAGAGGAAAUGUGAAUCAAUGAAAAUAUACAACACUAAUAUACAAUAGCAUUUUUCCACCUCACCGAGAAGUGAGAGGGAUAUAAUUAAAAUAAUAUGACCUCUCAGUAGGAGCUUGUAAACAACAUAUUUUAAAAUAUCAAUAAGACCCAGUUUUUUAUUAAAUUUAAUCUGAAUGACAAUAUGAGUCCAAUACGACCUUACAGAGAGAUUAUCUAGACAGAUAGUAAUAUAUCUCAGUAACUACAUUUCUCUAGAAUGACAUCAGAAUCUCCUGGGACCACCCUUCGUGUUUUACUGUCUAAAGUUGCUUAUAUGCAGGCCUCACUAUCAGUCAACCACCGGGGCAGAGACGGGGCCUGCAACAGGUUAUUUGAGGCCAUAGUCCAUCUAACUUAUCCCCCACACAUACUGGAAUGUAUUUCUUUAUCUAAUACUUAGCAACAAGUAAUCAGGAAGACACAUAGCACAACUCAUUUUGCCUUCUACUCUCCACAUUAAUAAAAGGUGGUACAAAGGUCAGUCCAACUGUACUUUUCUAUCCAAAUAAGAUCCAAGAUUCUAUUAAAAAUAUUAUAAAUCUUUCUAUGAUUCAGAUUACCAUUAGCAGCAGAGAGAACAGAAAAAGUAGGAUUAUUUAAACGUUUUUACCAGUAGGUGAUUCAUGGCGGAGGUUGUACUCAGUGUGAAGCCUCUUGCUGCUUGUCUAGCCGUGGCCCGUACAAGGGCAGAGUCACAUAUUGCAGUAUUUCUGAAUGGGAGCCAAACUAUGGUCACCAGGAGAGACCAAAC